AUGAUUAACGCUAUUAAUCAUAUUCACUCUCACAAAAUCAUACACUGUGAUAUCAAACCAUCAAAUAUUCUAAAGUCUCAAUAACGUAUUUACAAGAUUUGUGACUUUGACCUUUCCUCUUAACUAGAUCAUUUUUAAGAUUCAACAAGCAUCAUGAAAGGGUACACAAAAUAUUAUAUGUCACCUGAAUAAGAAGAAUGGAUUAAUAAUUAAAACCGCACUUAAUCAUAUAAAAUUGAAAUAACUUAAAAAUCUGAUGUAUUCAACUUAGGAGUUGUAUUUUUAGAAGUUUUAGGGGAAGAAAUAAAUGAGUAUAGCUCCUUGCGUAUUAGAUAAGGAAAUUAUUUUUUUAGCACUUAAGUGAUGAAAUCAUAAUGGUUUGAAAAAGUGUUAAUGAUGGUCAAGCCUAAUCCAAAUGAACGAAUACAUUCAUCUUAAUUGUUUGGAUUGCUAUAUCCUCUAGAACUAUUUUCCUUAUAAAAUUAUGAAAGUUUACUAAAUAUUUUUGAAUCUACUUGUAUGAGAAUAAAUUUAUAGAGUAACGUACAAUAAUCCAUAAGUUAAUCUGAAGCAGCCUAUGAGCUAAUACAAAAAUUGAAUUUAGGAAAUAAUAUUCCCUUGUAUGGGUUAGUAUUAAUCUAUAAAAGCAGAUAACUAAGACUAAGUUCAAAGUUAGAUGAAUCUUUAGAAAUAGGAUUGUUAUCAUUGAAAUUCUUAUAAACAGAAAGUAACGAGUACCUGGUUUUGUCUCUUUUAGAAGUUGCCUAAACAUAUGAAUAAAUUGGUAUUUAUUAAAAAACAUAUAAUACCAUAAAAUCCCAUUAAGGAAAAAGAACAUGUUGCGAGGUAAGAGUGUAAUAUGGGGAAGAUGAAUAAGAAGCUAGAAUAAUACCUUCUGCUAAAUAUUAGACUAUUUAAUCCAUUUGA